UUUCAUUGAAAUGGCUGUAUGUUUUCAUCAGCCAAGCAUACAAGCGAAGGAUAAUCAUCAUGCGUAGAAGUUUAUAACAAAGCAACAUCGGAGUCUGAGACAUAAUGGCUUUAUCUCGCUUCCAAUCAGAAGAAGCCAUUCAUUUCAUGAAUCCCAUCGAGCACACAGCGAUGAUAAACAAAACCCACCAUUUGUUUUCCCCCCAUCAAUUCAUCUUCCUUCAUAUCCCCCAUCAAAAUUCAAACCCCAUUUUCCAUUUCUCCUAAAUUUUUUAUGACUUUUUGUAUAUUCAAAAUACCCAAUCCCAACCGGCAUCUGCAGCUGAAACACGACAAGCAUUACCUUUCAAACAUCUUCUGUCGCCUCCUGCAAUGGAGUUCCGACCACGACACUUGGCCUCUCCCAAGAUUGUUAUGAUCCCUUGGAUCCUAAUGGAAACAUUACCAUUACUUAUGAUAUUCAAACUUGGACCACUCGUGGAUAUGUGGGUAGGGUCACUGUCCAAAACUACUAUCAGUUCCGGCAUGUGGAGGAGCCUGGUUGGAAGCUAGGGUGGACAUGGACGAGGGGUGAAGUCAUCUGGUCAAUGAGUGGAGCUUUUGCAACCGAGCAGGGGAAUUGCUCGCUGUUCAAGUUUGACACUCCACAUUCCUGUGAGGAGAGCCCUGUCAUUCUUGAUUUCAUGUCAGAGGCAUCAAUGGAAAACAAGUCAGAGGGUUGCUGCCGCAGUGGGGUUCUUUCUGCUUGGGCUGUGGACCCCUCCAAGUCUUUCUCUUCAUUUGAAAUCUCAGUGGGGAGCAUAGACGAAGAUGGCAAUGAGCAACCACCCACCAAUAUUACUCUUAUGGCUCCUGGUCCUGGUUACACUUGCAGCCCAUUUUUGGUCGCUCAUCCAACCGUUUCUUCUCUGAUUGAUGGCAAAAGACAAGUUCAGGUUUUCAGAACAUGGAAAUCAACAUGUACUUACUCCAUAUUUGUGGAUAAUAAGACACCACUCUGUUGUGUCUCACUGUCAGCAUUUUACAAUCCCUCCAUCACACCUUGCCCUACAUGUAGUUGUGGAUGCAGAAAAGCAAACAAAAGCUCUGUUCAGUGUUCAAGAGACGAAUACCAGUUGUCGACCACGGAUUCUGCUACUAAUCUUUCCUUGGUACGGUGCUCGGAUCACAUGUGCCCGGUUCGAGUGCAUUGGCAUGUUAAGACAAACUAUAUCAACCAUUGGAGGGUGAAACUCACAGUUUCCAACUACAACUAUGGCAGAAACUACUCAAACUGGAACAUCCUAGUGCAGCAUCCAGCUUUUAGCCAAUCAACAGAAGCAUUUAGUUUCAAUAGCUCACAACUUCCAUCCUUCAGAUUUGGAGAUGAGUUGGCUCUCUUUUGGGGCAUUGAGUUUUACAACACAGAGCUUGUGCAAUCCACUGAGAGUAAUGUAGGGUAUGUGACAACAGAGAUUCUUCUUGAGAAAGAUUUAGAAUCAUUCACAUUAAGCAAUGGUUGGGCUCUUCCAAGAAGAGUUUAUUUCAAUGGAGAUGACUGUCAGAUGCCUUUACCAGACACUUUCCCAAUGCUACCAAAUGGAAGUUAUAAGCAAAGACUCUCACUUUUCCUCCCCAUUCUUCCCCUCUUUUUUAACCUUUUGUUUUGGUGAAAGUAUAGUUGGGGUUGUUUGGCAGCUUGGUUUUGCAUUGUAAUGGUUAAAAGGUACCGUUUGGUAAUCAUUUGAUUUUUUUAUUUGGGCUUCUUGUAGAUUUGACUAAUGAUAAAAAACAAGUUCAAUCCACUAAAUAUUAAAAAA